AUGGAGCCAAUCCACAUUGCAACCCCGUCAUCGACUCUGCUUGCGCGGGUGAAGAAGAUGGUUCCGCCAAUGCUAGAAAAGUUCCACAAAGGGCAACUCGGACGCGUUGCUGUCAUCGGCGGAAGUGCCGAUUAUACGGGAGCACCGUAUUUUUCGGCAAUGGCUUCGGCGCGAUUAGGCUGUGAUAUGAGUCAUGUCAUAUGCGAAAAGUCUGCUGCUCCAGUCAUCAAAGCCUACUCCCCCAACCUAAUGGUCCACCCCAUCCUCGCCAGCAGCGUAACAGCCCCCUCCGACUCCUCCCCAGCAACCCUCGCUAGCCCGAUUCUCGAGAUGCUCCCGCGUCUACACGUUCUCGUGAUCGGGCCAGGUCUUGGGCGGGACGGGGUAACACAGACGGUCGUCGAAGAAGUCAUGAAGGAAGCACGGAACCGAUCAGUCCCCUUCGUCCUCGACGCCGAUGGGCUGCUGCUUGUUUCUCAGAAGCCAGAAUUAGUGAAAGGGUACAAGGGGUGCAUAUUAACGCCGAAUGUAGUCGAAUUUGCGCGGCUGGCGAAGGCAUUGGGUGUGCAGGGUGUUGACUCAAGCGGGAUUCAGAAAGAAAAGGGGGGGUCGGAGGAUGAGCAGACCAGUCGUGCGUCGGAGGCGUGUGAGAGGUUGGCGAGGGCGUUGGGCGGCGUUACGAUUAUACAGAAGGGGCAGAAGGAUGUGAUUUCGAAUGGGAUUACGAGUAUUGUUUCAGAUAUCAGAGGCGGGUUGAAGCGGAGUGGCGGGCAGGGGGAUACGCUUACGGGCACGCUAGGGACCUUUUUGGCGUGGCGCGCGGCGUAUCAUGAUGAGUUAUGGGAGACGGGGGAGAAGGAAAAGGGAGGGGGAAAGGUAGCUGCGAGUAAAGAGGAGAUUCGCGCGGAGUUGGAGGAUAGUACGAGGAGAAUGUCGCCCACCACGACGCUUUUGUUGGCGGCGUAUGCGGGGAGUGCGUUGACGAGAGACUGUUCACGACGUGCGUUUGAGGCGAAGGGGAGAAGUUUGCAGGCGAGUGAUUUGACGGAUGAGGUUCAUGAUGCUUUUCUGGAGUUGAUAGGGGAGCCGGAGCAGUCGAAGCUGUGA